CGUAAUAACGCCACUCAGCAGACGUCACGUGUAGCCACGCCCUGUUCCUCCAGCAGAGGGAGAAAGAUGGCGCCCACGCACGUACUGAGAUGCUGUCAACGGGGUUUAUCAUGGAUUCCCGUGGUUUUUAUCGCCCUUGUCGUCUGCUGGUCCUAUUACGCGUACGUGGUGGAGCUUUGUAUAUUCACAAUCCCCAGUAGAGCAGAACAGAUUUUCUACCUGAUUUUCUUCCACCUCUCCUUCAUCAUGUUUGUGUGGUCCUACUGGAAAACCAUCUUCACCAAACCUGCCAACCCCUCCAAGGAGUUUUGCCUUCCGAAGGCGGAAAAGGAGUGCUACGAGAAGGAGGCAAGGCCGGAGUCUCAGCAGGAGAUUCUGUGGAGAGUGGCGACUAGCCUGCCUCUGUACACGCGCACCGGCACCGGAGGGAUCCGAUACUGUGACCGCUGUCAAGUCAUCAAACCGGAUCGCUGCCACCACUGCUCUGCGUGCGACACGUGUGUGCUGAAGAUGGACCACCACUGCCCCUGGGUGAACAACUGUGUUGGUUUCUCCAACUACAAGUUCUUCAUCCUGUUCCUGGCUUACUCGCUGGCGUACUGUCUGUUCAUCGCAGCCACGGUUCUGCAGUAUUUCAUUAAGUUCUGGACGCUUUGCCGGAGGAAAUCGGCAGAGAACUGUCCAAAGAAUGAGCUGGACGGCACUCACGCCAAAUUCCAUGUCUUGUUUCUUUUUUUUGUGGCGGCCAUGUUCUGCAUCAGCAUUUUGUCCCUCUUCAGCUACCACCUGUGGCUUGUAGGGAAGAACAGAUCCACCAUAGAGGCGUUCAGAGCUCCAGUUUUUAGAUCAGGCUCUGAUAAAAAUGGCUUCUCUCUGGGUUUCCGGAAGAACAUCGCUCAGGUCUUUGGAGACCAAAAGAAGUACUGGCUGCUACCCGUCUUUACCAGUCAGGGAGAUGGUCUGACGUUCCCCACCAGGCUGGUCAACGCCGAUGCAGAGCAGGCUGCUGUGACGCUGCACCAAGAGCCCAACAAAAGCACGGCUGAUGUCCCCGCCGGUCCGUUCAGCGACUCUCAGAACCACCUGCUGGGUGACGAGCAGCGAGGCCACAACAUGGAGGACUCCCUGGCUGACGGCGCUCUGGAAUCAGGCGAUCACACGCCGUUCGGCCUCACCGCAGAAACCUGUACAAUCUCCAUGGACAGCGAAUCCUAAGCGGGAGCCACUCCUCACUCAUUUAAUACGAUGCCUUAAGCAACCCAGCAGUGAAGUUCAUCUCCAUGGCAACGCUUUAGUAGUGCACCUGCAUCCCCACAGACCCACUCACAGGAAAUAUGGACCUGAAGUCCACUGGCUCAUGGCAACUUACUCAUUUUCAUUACAUUUUCUUAACCCUACAAGCACACCUCAUACUAAACCCCAUAAGGAAAUGUGACGCAAGACAAAAAACACCCCCACUUGUUCAAUAUAUGCUGUUUCUUGCACGAAGCGAUGAGGGGUAGAGGGGGUAUCUUUUAAGUCCUCGAGGUUCUCUACCUUUUGUGCCAACCCCCCCCCCCCCACACAACCACCUUUGGGCUCUACAGGACUUAUUUCACAGACAAAAAGCUGCAAUACAUACGUGUGUUCCAGGGGGGGGGGGGGCAAGGCGCUGUGUUGGAGGCAGAACAUAAAUCACUUUAGCCACGAGGCCGUUCAGUGUGUCUUACUUCUAACUUAUGGCCUGAUUGUGCAUCAUGAAAUGGGGGGGGGGGGGGGGGGGGUCUGGAUAUCAGAGCACAAGAUGGCACAUUUGCACUUUGUUGUUUUUCAGUGUCCAUCAAAAAAGAAAGUGCUGCUUUUUAAAAUGUUCUGUUUUCCAAAAACCUCAAUGGUAAGGCUGACUUUGCUGAAUAUUCCUUAUCAUAUCACAGCCUCAAAUACUUUAAUAAUCAUUUGUUUUCUUUACUCAUGUUGCUAAGAAAGUACUGUUUAACUUUAAAAACCUGUUUUACCUGGAUAUUUUUUUGUUUUUUUUUACUUUUGUUGCCAAGACAUUUUUACCAAGAUACCAACACUCUGCCAAAAAAAAGGGCUUGAAAAUUUAGGAGGUCAGACAUCUGGACCUGAAGUUUGUACAGCCUCCUAGCUUUAUUUAAAAAAAGAAACCUCAUCGGUCAGUGUCAUCGUAACCAAAUUGUAUUCAGCCGUUGCUGCAGUGCAAUAAUUUACACAACCAGAGAGAUCUUGCUGCGGUUAUGAUGUCCAUGUAGUACCAGUGCUGACCAGUAGGCAGAGACAAACUGUAAGCUCUUUUUUUAUUUAUUUACAUCCAUAUGGUAUUGGUUUCCAUGUAAUCAUUGCUGUAAUUUUCCAUAUUUGAAUUGAUUGUGAGUUCUAAACCUCUGCAAAGGAGUGGCCUCUCCAUUCUCUGUCUGUAUAACUGGAGCUUGGUCCGUUAGUGACUUGUGGAAAGAGCCUUAGCUCGUGGUGAACUGUCUCGUAUCGAUGUCAGAAGUCUAGAAAGUGAAUCCGUGUCGGCCAAACUGAUUUUUCUUUUGAUCACAGAUAGACUUUUCUUCAGGAAUGAAACCAACCUUUCUCAUUUUCCAAAGAAGGAAAGGCGGUUUGGGUCAAAAGGCAUCAGAUCUCACCAGACUCGUAAUUGUUUACAGCUGUUUUCUAUUGUGUAACAGCAGUUAAGUCAGAAAACCCAAAUGUGUGAAAGCACAGUCGGGUCUUUACAUGCAUUAGAACUGGGGGGUUAAAAACGGUGUUUUGAAAAUGUUCUUUAUACUUUUCACUUGUCCUCAAGCGUUUUUAAUUGGCUUUUCAAAACCUUAACAUUUUGUUACUGUAUUAUUACACUGUGCUUGAAUCUCAGAGUAGCAUUUUAAAUUCCUAUUAAAGACAUGAUCCAAGUUUAGACUCAGACGAGUCUUCUUCACCUUUGAAAGGUAGUGUUUUUGUACCACCUAAAGGACUUUGGCUUGUGGCAAAAAAACAAAACAAAAAACUGGACCAGUGGUUGGACAGCGGUUCUCUGGGGCACACGUGUGUCUUUUGUAAUGCUUCAGUGACCGUGCUUUUGUAAGACUGUCGUCUUGAGGGAAACCAUUCUGUAUAAAAGUGAGGAAGUGUGCGUGUUUUCGCAGGACUGUGAAAAAGCCUGAAGUCGUACCUCCAUUUUUGAUACUAAAAUCUCAGUAUUUCUUUUUUAAUCAUUGUCAGCGGUUGUUUUUUUUUGUGUGUGUCUGGAUUGUGUUUCAAAGUCUUUACUGCAGAUACUUUUUAUAUUUAAGAAUUCUCAGAGUUUUUGUAUUUUUGCUCAUCUAUAUCCGGCAAAGAACCGGUUUCUUAAUGCACCUUUUGGCCUAGCUUGUCGUCUCGUAAACAUAAUUUAUUAUUUGAAUUCAACAUAUUGGAAGCCUAAAAACCUAAUGGAUUAAGCUCAGAUGAAUCAAAAAUGAAGGAGUGAUGAAAGGCCUUUUUCACGGUUCUGUCCAGGACUUGCUCUAAAGCAGAUUACUUAAGUGAUGUCCAAACGUCUGCCACCUCGGGGACCGUUUGUCCCUCUGCCUCCUGAACACGAGGAGUGGUGUCAUGUCUUCUGUUAGCUUUCCUCUGGUCUGCAUAAACCUAACAAGCCAUAAAAACUCCUGUGAAAGCAGAAGGAUUCAAAUCUCAGUCUAACGUAACUUUUUUUCUUUAGGCUGACCUGCUUGUUGCUAAAUUUGGUUAAGUGUCUUAUUUUACAACCUUUAUUUUGUAUAUAUUGAUUAAUGUAUGAAACUCUGCAUAUAUUUUUCUUGUUUUAUUAAUUUCAAUGUUGAUAUUUUGUGAAUGAAGUACAUGUCUGUACACAGUUAAUGUAAAAAUAACAAUAAAUGUUUUUUUAACUACCUGUUUAA